AUUAGAAAUGGAGGAUGAUCAGAGACUGUUGCCGAUUGCGAAUGUGGGAAGGAUCAUGAGGCAGAUACUUCCUGGGAGUGCAAAGAUCUCAAAAGAAGGGAAGCAGUUAAUGCAAGAAUGUGCGACUGAGUUCAUAAGCUUUGUGACAGAGGAAGCUUCUGACAAGUGUCACAAAGAGAAUCGCAAGACCGUCAAUGGGGAUGACAUCUGUUGGGCCCUAAGUGCUUUAGGGUUUGAUAAUUAUGCUGAGGCCAUUGCCAGGUAUUUACAUAAAUACAGGCAAGCUGAGAGGCACAGAAUCGUCAACCAGAAAACCCAACCUCAUCAUCAUAAAACUCAGCGUAUGCUUGAAAAAUCAGCAAGCUCCGCCCAAAGGGACAAGCACCCAUCUGAAAUCUGUGAUGCAUCAGAGAAUAGGGUUUCUGAAGAGAAGGCUCCUGCAACAAAUCAAUCUCGAUGAAGUUACUUGAUACCGUCUAAUUAAUUCUGGCUCCUAUUUGAAAGGUAAUAUAUAUACAUAUAGUCUGAAGCUGCUUGCUCAUCUCAUCAGUUCAAUCAGUUCCUUUUCUUUACCUUUAAUUAUCUACAGUAUCACUAUAUCUGGGUGUUAUUAAUUAAAAGCUGGCUCGCUGCUAUAGUAGAGAGUUUAAUACUUGUUACAAAUGUUGAUUGAAUCAUAGCUAGGUAAGGACAGGUCAACCGAAGAUAAUUUUUGCAGAAGGCCUCUUUAAUUUGCAUCGAAGAAUUUGAACUUUUUUAUAUUGCUAUUAGCCUAGCUAGUGAUGAUUUGAAGCAGCAGGAGCCUUCUUUAUAGUGUGAUGGAUGAUCAAUACUCUAAAUUCAGAUAGUCCAAGUCUUGCAAUUCUUUCAAGUU